AUCAGUUUCUGACACAAACUACUUAAACUAAUUUAAUAAAUCACUAUGAAGUUCCUCGCUUGCUUUUUAGUACUGUCGAUCUUCCUAUUCCUUGGACAAACUCAGGCACAAUGCCCGAAUGCGCCAAAUUACUAUAGCUGCUCGGGUGGCUAUCAUAGCGGUCACGGCGGUCAUGGUUGCCACGGUGGCACCAGAUGGUAUUACAACUAUGCAGCUGAUUCAUGCUACAGUUUCCAUUAUAACGGCUGUGGCGGUAACUCGAACCGUUAUUGUUCGCUAGCAGCCUGUCAAAAUUACUGUGAAUAAUAGUAAAAAGAAACCAAAUGUAAUUGAUCGGAUCUCGAAUAAUAAAAUAAUAACAUUGCAAAUAUAAAUCAA